AGCUCUCACGGUUGCAUCAUUCUCCCAAAGAAUCCUCAAGUUUUAAAAGCAGUGAUGUCGAACUCGAAGAAGCGUUUGCUAUGGAGAAGUGGGUUAUUCUUCAUCUUUUGCACACUCUUUGUAAAAGCCCUUGCUGAAUCCCGCCAUGGUAAAACGAACCAAACUUCCAUCCGAGGAAGUCUCCUGCAAACACUACACAAUCUACUGCCUGGAAAUGAAACGGACAGUCCUAAGAAUAACUCAAGAGACGUUUUGACAAUGUUGCUGGAACAGGUGCAAUGUCCUCAAAGCAAUACGGACAGACUGCAAACUUGUAAACGGUGUCUACAAGCUGAUCCCUUGCUGCUAAUAGCCGGAACAGAAACAGCCAAUAAAAUAGAUGAAGAAUCAAUACAAAAAAUAUCAGUUAUACUUCUGUAUUAUAUAGUAUACCAAAAAGACUUCUGCUCCACUAUUCCUGGCCACGUUGACAAGGAUUAUACAUUUUACCUCAACAACUUGCUUCAUUUAAGGAACGAAGAAGACUGUCAUGAUCUGUCUUCUAAUGAGAUAGAGGAUAUCUUAGUAACAGUAAAGCACUAUUUCCAAAUAUCUGAUAAACAAAAGUGUGUUGAUUGGAAUUUUCUGGAGAAAGAAUUUGGGGUAUUGCGCGUUGUAGGAACUGAUAAAACUACUCUUCCAAGGCUAGCUGAAGUGAUUCUUGCAUUAUCGAUACAGCGGGUUUGUAUUCGACAGACAGAGUUGCCAGAUGCUGACUUCUUUACAGAUUUGAUCUUCCAAUCUCUGAACAGAACCAGUGAGCUGUUUGCUCCAGACAUAGAUGAGCUUAUUGGAAAACUUAAAGCAGUAAUUGCAUGUGACACAAAAGAUCACAAUCACAGACGAAAACAGAGGAGUCUUGUAGUACCAGGAACAAAUCCGGAACCCCUACCUGUCCCACGGGAAAGGGAAGAAGAACUGCAGAUUAGAAAUCAAGAAAUUUCUAAAAUAACAGAAUACUCAACACAAUGGAAGCAGGGUCAUCCUUGUUAUUCUGCACAUGAACUUGUGAGGAUUUUUCUACAGAACAGCCAUUCUCCUGUUUCUAGAGAACAGUUCAAGCAAAUGACUCCAGCAAUUAUUCAUCACCUUCUAAGCUGCACAUGUCAAUCAGAAGAAUCUUCCAGCACCCAACUACCUCCUCCCACCACUCUAGAGAAAUAUGGCUACAGCACAAUCGCAGUGUUGCUCCUCACGGUGGGAUCUAUGUUCGGUGCCACACUUAUUAUAUUUAGUUCUUGUGAAGAGAAUUAUAAACUUAUCUUACAGUUGUUUGUUGGAUUGGCAGUAGGAACAUUGACUGGAGAUGCACUUCUGCACCUAAUUCCUCAGAUUCUUGGGAUACAUGACAAUAUGUCUCAUGAACAUGACCACCAAGACGGAGGACACAUUGAAGAUAAGGAAUAUUUAUGGAAGAUAAUGGCCAUGAUUGGAAGUAUUCAUGGAUUUUUCUUCAUUAACAAACUUUUCAUUCUUCUUGUUUCAUCUUGGAGACAGGGGCGUUCAUUUAUAAAUGGGCAUCUGACACAUUCCCAUGACCUACCCCUGGAUUCUCACUUAAAUGAUCAGUCUCGAAAAGCUAAAUCAACUUCAACCAUUCAGCUGAGAAAUCCUGAAGACUGUGAACCUUCAGAGGGUAUUAUACCCGAUAUCCCACCAGUCAGUCUAAGAGGGAGGAAAAAACACAAAGGUCUAAGUUUGCUGGCAAUAAUGAUUCUGGUGGGAGACAGCCUUCAUAACUUUGCUGAUGGGAUGGUGAUUGGAUCUGCCUACUCUUCUUCAACUGAAACUGGCGUAGCAACUACUAUUGCAAUUUUGUGUCAUGAGAUUCCCCAUGAAAUGGGUGAUUUUGCAGUUUUAUUGAAUACGGGGCUGUCUGCCAAGAUUGCCUUUUUAAUGAACUUUAUAAGUGCACUGACAGCUUUUGCGGGUCUCUAUAUAGGCCUGUCUGUUUCAACCAACCCUAAUGUCCAAAUCUGGAUAUUCGCUAUCACUGCUGGAAUGUUCUUGUAUCUUUCUCUAGUUGAAAUGCUACCUGAAAUGACUCAUAUUCAGACGCAAAGGCCGUGGUUAAUGUUUUUCCUGCAAAAUCUAGGACUUCUUCUUGGAUGGCUGUGCCUGUUGAUGUUGGCAAUUUACGAACAUAAAAUUAAACUAUAGUUUGGCAGCAGAUGCAAUCUGCAAAUAUUUUUUUCAAUUAAUAUGUACAGUUUCAUUCAUGCUCCAAACAUGUCUUUUUAGCAGGAUUUUAGCCUUCAAUUUCUUAGCAUCGUAUGAACAAGUUGAUAAACAUCCAAUUUAUUUGCUACAGUUUUUUGCCAUUUUUUUAAUAAAUAAAUA